UCACUGCCUCAGAGCUAAGCUAACAACAACAAUAACAACAUAGCAUUCCUGUGAUUACUACCUGCUGCGUAUUGCUGUAAAGUCAACUGAGCCGAAGUUAAGCGACAUUUGAAUCGACAAUAACAUGGUUUAUUGUAAUAUUUAACUUUUUAGCAGAUGCAUAACGGAGCGUCGGUUUUCUUUAUUCAAACACCCGUCGACGUUUGCAUUUAGCUGAAAUAGGUGCUGUGGUUUUCAGACCAGGCCAGACACGCUGACCAUAAGCAUAAAAAGCUACACACCAAGUGCAAAUAACUGCACAUUUGAAUAUCUGCCUAAGUCCUCAUAGAAGAUUUAUCAAAAUGAGGGGUUCGUACGGAGACAGAGACCGAGACCGUGGUCGUGACAGAGGCAGUCCUCGAUUCGGAUCCAGCAGAGGCGGACCACCGCCGGGUAAAAAGUUCGGGAACCCCGGAGACCGUUUGAGGAAGAAGAGAUGGGACCUGGAUGAGCUUCCCAAAUUUGAGAAGAACUUUUACAGUGAACACCUGGAAGUGCAGCGAAUGAGCCAGUAUGAUGUGGAGGAAUAUCGCAGGAAGAAAGAAAUCACCGUGAGAGGCUCAGGCUGCCCGAAGCCCGUCAGCAGCUUCCAUCAGGCACAGUUCCCCCAGUACGUCAUAGAUGUGCUGAUGCAGCAGAAUUUCAAGGAGCCCACAGCGAUUCAAGCGCAGGGUUUCCCUCUGGCCCUCAGCGGGAGAGACAUGGUGGGCAUCGCUCAGACCGGCUCUGGGAAGACCUUAUCGUAUCUCCUGCCUGCCAUCGUGCACAUCAAUCAUCAGCCCUACCUGGAGCGUGGAGACGGACCCAUUUGUUUGGUGUUGGCCCCGACCAGAGAGCUGGCUCAGCAGGUGCAGCAGGUGGCGUACGACUACGGAAAGUCGUCCCGCAUUAAGAGCACCUGUGUCUACGGGGGCGCUCCCAAGGGACCUCAGAUCCGAGACCUGGAGCGAGGGGUUGAGAUCUGCAUCGCUACUCCGGGUCGUCUGAUCGACUUCCUGGAGGCUGGAAAGACAAACCUGCGUCGCUGCACUUAUCUGGUUCUGGAUGAAGCCGACCGUAUGCUGGACAUGGGCUUCGAACCGCAGAUCCGCAAAAUUGUUGACCAGAUCCGGCCGGACAGACAGACUCUCAUGUGGAGCGCUACCUGGCCUAAAGAGGUCCGGCAGCUGGCCGAGGACUUCCUGAAGGACUACGUCCAGAUCAACGUGGGAGCUCUGGAGCUCAGCGCCAACCACAACAUCCUGCAGAUUGUUGAUGUUUGCAUGGAGAGUGAAAAGGACAACAAGCUGAUCCAGCUGAUGGAGGAGAUUAUGGCUGAGAAGGAAAACAAGACCAUCAUUUUUGUAGAGACCAAGAAGCGUUGUGACGACCUCACACGCAGGAUGAGACGGGAUGGGUGGCCGGCGAUGUGUAUCCACGGCGACAAGAGCCAGCCAGAGAGAGACUGGGUAUUAACAGAGUUCCGCAGCGGCAAAGCUCCCAUCCUCAUCGCGACGGACGUGGCCUCGCGCGGUUUGGACGUGGAGGAUGUCAAGUUCGUCAUCAACUACGACUACCCCAACUCGUCCGAGGACUACAUCCACCGCAUCGGACGCACGGCCCGCAGCACCAACAAAGGCACGGCGUACACCUUCUUCACCCCGGGGAACCUCCGCCAGGCCCGCGAGCUGAUCCGGGUCCUGGAGGAGGCCCGACAGGCCAUCAACCCCAAACUGCUGCAGCUGGUGGAUACGGGACGUGGAGGAGGCGGAGGAGGCGGCCGUUCCCGUUUCCGCGGCAACUCCAGCUCCUCCAACAACCCCAACCUGAUGUACCAGGACGAGUGUGACCGGCGGAUGCGCUCGGUGGGCGGCGGCGGCGGCGGCUCCAAGGACGGCCGCGGGGGGGGCGGCGGCGGCAGCAGCAGCUACAGCCGAGACAGGAGCAGCCGGGACGGGGAGCGCUCCUCUUCUUCCUCCUCUUCGUCCUACAGGGACCGAAGCAGCAGGGACGGAGGACGCAGCUACGGCUCCGGCUCCUACGACCAGUACCAGAACAACAACGGCAGCAGCAGCAGCAGCAGCAGCAGCAAGUACAGCAGCUCCAGGGGCAGCUCCGGGUCCGGCUCCGGGUCCGGGUCCGGGGGUGGCCAGGCCCCACCGCCGGCCCCCGCUCCUCCUUCCUCGGGCCCUCAGCCCCUCAUGGCCCAGCAGUUCAACCCCCCCCAGCCCAUGAUGGGCCUCAUGGGACACUCGCCGUUCCAGUUCGCUCCGCCGCCGCCGCCGUCGUCUCUUUCAGGCAGGAAAUAAGCUUUAGAGUUAUUUCAGAUUCUCACAUUCCACAAGAGAGGCUCCGGCUCUUUCUCCUUUAAAGUCUUUAUUUUCUUUAUUUGGCGGAAGGUUUAGUUGAGCGGUAACGACUUGGGGGGGAAAGGAAAAGUUUUUGUACAAACACAUUUUUGUAACGUGAGCCUCUUUUAGAUUUUUCCCUUUAGGUAUAUCACAGGUAGGUGCUGAUGUUGACUCUCUGGCGUAUUUCUUUAUUUUUGUGUUUAAAACUUUGUAAAACAAACAAAAAAAAAAAACUUUUUUGAAAUAAUGAAGAGAUUCUGAUGUGUCUUAGAGUUAAAAACAUUUAUCUUCAUGUGGUGGAUAAUAAUGUAGUGUUCAUGGCAUGUAAAUUAGCUUUUCUUUCUUUUUCCAAGUUUUGUAUUUACUAACCCACUGUAGGUUGUUUAGUUCGUCACCAGGAUACGAUUGAGGUUUCCUAACAGUAAGUCCCUAUUUACACUUUGUUUCUCAUGUUUAAUAAAACUCUUCAGCAAAGUUCUGUCUCUGGGAAGUAAUAAUAAUAAUAAAAAAAACAUUUAGAUCACAAAGAAGAAAAAAAACAAACUUUAUUAUAACCCAUUUGGAAUAUUUUUACCAGUGUUUAUGCUGUUGCACAAGUCAAAUGUACAGAAGAGUUGCCGAUGAUUUCAGUCUCGUUGGGGAAUGUGAUUCACUCAAAAACGUUUGUGGUCUGGAGUCUCUUGAUGCUCCUGCAAAGAUCUAACGUUGCUGAUUGGUUGUAGGACCAUCCAGUUGCAUCCCCCCCUCCCCAUCCGUUGGUUGAAACACUCCCCCAAAAUGGCGGCUCCGUUUGCAUCACUCAAUACUUCAAGAUAAACUUAGCGCUAAAGAUUUAUUUAGUGAAAACCGUACUAAAGAAGUCCCAUUUUCUCUACUACGACGAACAAACGACGGAUGAAGACGACCUUUCGCUAAACUUUAAAUAAUGUUAGAACUGCAAAAUAGGCACAUGUGGCGGGAAAGUACACGGCUCUGAUGUUACAGCUACGUUUUGUUCUUUACACCAGAUUAAAAAGGGCGAGAAAACAUCAAAACAAUCCAAAAAAAACAAAAA